AUGGAGAAACAGCUGGUGGUUGUGCAUCGUUCUUUCAAGAAGAACAUGAAGGCCCGAAGGGACGGCUCAGUAGUCAAGAUACUUGCUGCUCUUGCAGGGGACCUGAGGGAUUCCCAGGUGGCUCGCAACUACCCGUACCGGUCCCUAGAGGCUUCUUAUGGAGAAGCUAAGAGGCAGCGUUUCCUCAGUGAGCUGGCCCAGAUGGAGGAGAAUGUACACUGGCGAGGUGGAAGACAAGCUAGCUUGGGAGAGACACUAACAUUUGAAGACCGGAAUGAGCAGAGCCCCGAGUCCUGGUACAAAGAUGGCAGUCUGAUAUAGGCAGGCGAGCCAGGGAAGUACCGGAUUGAGAGCAGAUAUGGAGUGCACACCCUGGAGAUCAACAGGGCCGACUUUGAGGACACAGCCACCUACUCAGCAGUAGCCACGAACUCCCAUGGACAAGUGUCUACCAAUGCUGCUGUGGUGGUGAGAAGGUACCGAGGAGAUGAGGAACCAUUGCACUCUGUAGGACUUCCAAUUGGAUUGCCGCUUUCCUCCGUGAUUCCAUACACACAUUUCGAUGUUCAGUUUUUGGAGAAAUUCGGGGUCACCUUCAGAAGAGAGGGCGAGACAGUCACACUCAAGUGCACGCUGCUGGUCACGCCAGAUCUGAAGAGAGUGCAGCCACGAGCUGAGUGGUACCGGGAUGAUGUGCUGUUGAAAGAGUCCAAGUGGACGAAGAUGUUCUUCGGAGAAGGCCAGGCCUCGCUGUCCUUCAGCCACCUGAACAAGGAUGACGAGGGGCUGUACACCUUGAGGAUCGUGUCCCGGGUGGUGUCAGUGACCACAGCGCCUUCAUAUGUGAGGUGGGAACUAAACAACUGGGUCCAGUGCAAUGAUGCACCAGUAAAGAUCUGCAAGUACCACUGUCACAGACUUUUUGAAGGAAGGUCAUAUGUGUUCCGUGUGAGGGCUGUCAAUAAUGCUGGCAUCAGCAGGCCUUCCCGGGUCUCAGAUGCUGUGGCUGCCCUUGACCCUGUUGACCUCAAAAGGUUACAAGCGAUUCAUUUGGAAGGAGAGAAAGAAAUCGUCAUCUACCAGGAUGACCUUGAAGGUGACGUUCAGAUUCCAGGGCCUCCCACCAAUGUCCAGGCCUCAGAGGUCAGCAGAAACUAUGUUGUCCUCAGCUGGGACCCUUCUCCCCGCGGCAAGGAGCCCUUGAUGUACUUCAUUGAGAAGUCUGCAGUUGGGAGCGGCAGCUGGCAGCGGGUCAAUGCCCAGACAGCAGUCAGAUCGCCUCGGUAUGCCGUCUUCGAUUUGGCCGAGGGGAAGUCCUACGUGUUCCGGGUCCUGUCAGCCAAUAAACAUGGCCUGAGCGACCCGUCAGAGAUAACGCCACUUCAGGCACAGGACGUGAUUGUGGUCCCAUCUGCUCCUGGCCGGGUGCUUGCCUCUAGGAAUACAAAGACCUCUGUCGUGGUGCAGUGGGACAGGCCAAAGCAUGAGGAGGACCUGCUGGGCUACUAUGUGGACUGCUGUGUGGCGGGAACAAACCUGUGGGAGCCAUGCAACCAACCCAUUGGAUAUAACAGGUUCGUGGUGCAUGGCUUAACCACUGGGGAGCAGUACAUCUUCCGGGUUAAGGCUGUCAACGCGGUGGGGACCAGCGAGAACUCCCAGGAGUCGGAGGUCAUCAAGGUCCAGGCGGCCCUCACUGUCCCCUCUCAUCCAUACGGGAUCACCCUUCUCAACUGCGACGGCCACUCCAUGACUGGCUGGAAGGUGCCUAAAUUCAGCGGUGGCUCGGCCAUCCUGGGCUACUACCUAGACAAGCGAGAAGUACACCAUAAGAACUGGCAUGAAGUCAACUCUUCGCCUGUCAAAGAGAGGAUUUUGACGGUGGACGGCUUGACAGAAGGCUCACUGUAUGAGUUCAAAAUCGCCGCCACCAACCUGGCUGGGAUCGGGCAGCCGUCGGAUCCCAGCGAGCAUUUCAAGUGUGAGGCUUGGACAGCGCCAGAACCUGGUCCCGCCUAUGACCUGACGUUCUGCGAGGUCCGCGACUCCUCUCUGGUCAUGCUGUGGAAAGCCCCGGUGUACUCGGGCAGCAGUUCCGUGUCUGGAUAUUUUGUGGAUUUUAAGGAAGAGGAUGCGGGGGAGUGGAAGACCGCCAGCGAGGCAGCCACUCCGAACCGCUAUUUGAAGGUCAGUGACCUGCAGCAAGGUAAGACCUACGUGUUCAGAGUUCGAGCAGUGAAUGCCAGUGGACCCGGGAAGCCGUCAGACACAUCGGAGCCUGUGCUUGUGGAGGCCCGGCCAGGCACCAAGGAGAUCAGCGCUGGUGUGGAUGAGGAGGGCAACAUCUACCUUGGGUUUGACUGCCAGGAAAUGACAGAUGCCUCCCAGUUCACCUGGUGCAAGGCCUAUGAAGAGAUUGCUGAUGAGGAGCGGUUCGAGGUUCACACUGAGGGUGAUCACUCAAAGCUGUACUUUAAGAAUCCAGAUAAAGAAGACAUAGGGACAUAUUCGGUAUCUGUAAGUGACACGGAUGGUGUGUCCUCCAGCUUCGUUUUGGACGAAGAAGAACUUGAACGUUUGAUGGCAUUGAGCAAUGAGAUAAAGAAUCCCACAAUUCUCUGAAGUCAGAAUUAGCUUAUGAAGAUUUUCGAUAAGGGUCAGGUCCGCUUCUGGCUCCAGGCAGAGCAUCUUUCACCUGAUGCCAGCUUCCGGUUUGUUAUCAAUGACAGAGAAGUCUCUGACAGUGAGACACACAAAAUUAAAUGUGACAGAUCAACUGGCAUGAUUGAGAUGGUCAUGGAUCGGUUUACUAUAGAAAAUGAAGGGACCUACACUGUGCAGAUUCAAGAUGGAAAAGCCAAGAAUCAAUCUUCAUUGGUGCUCAUUGGAGACGCGUUCAGAGCUGUUCUAGAAGAGGCUGAAUUUCAAAGGAAGGAAUUCCUCAGGAAACAAGGCCCUCAUUUUGCUGAAUAUUUGCACUGGGAUGUUACCGAAGACUGUGAUGUUCGGCUUGUCUGUAAGGUUGCAAACACCAAGAGGGAAACCGUUUUCAAAUGGCUCAAGGAUGAUGUUCUUUAUGAAACUGAGACACUGCCGGACUUGGAGAAGGGGGUCUGUGAGCUGCUAAUACCAAAGUUGUCUAAGAAGGACCAUGGCGAAUACAAAGCAACCUUGAAAGAUGACAGAGGUCAAGAUGUAUCCAUCCUUGAAAUAGCUGGCAAAGUGUACGAGGACAUGAUCUUGGCAAUGAGUCGUGUGUGCGGAGCCUCUGCCUCACCGCUGAAGGUUCUCUGCACCCCCGAGGGCAUCAGACUUCAGUGUUUCAUGAAGUAUUUCACAGAGGAAAUGAAGGUCAGCUGGUAUCACAAAGAGGCUAAGAUCUCAUCCAGCGAACACAUGAGGAUUGGAGGCAGUGAGGAGAUGGCGUGGCUGCAGAUCUGCGAGCCCACAGAGAAGGAUAAGGGGAAGUACACUUUUGAGAUUUUCGAUGGCAAAGACAACCACCAGCGCUCACUGGACCUCUCUGGACAAGCUUUUGAUGAAGCAUUUGCUGAGUUCCAGCAGCUCAAGGCGGCUGCAUUUGCAGAGAAGAAUCGUGGCAAGGUGAUUGGCGGCUUACCUGACGUGGUGACCAUAAUGGAAGGCAAGACUUUGAACCUCACCUGCACAGUGUUUGGAAACCCUGACCCGGAAGUGGUUUGGUUUAAGAACGACAAGGACAUUGAGCUAAGCGAGCACUUCUCCGUGAAGGUGGAGCAGUCCAAGUACGUCAGCCUGACCAUCCAGGGGGUGACGGCCGAGGACUCGGGCAAGUACAGCAUCAACGUGAAGAACAAAUACGGAGGGGAGAAGAUUGACGUCACCGUCAGCGUAUAACACGGGGAGAAGAUCCCAGAUAUCUCCCCUCCCCAGCAGGCCAAACCCAAGCUCAUCCCAGCCUCCACUUCAUCCGAAUAAGGGGAUACAGUGUGCCCUGGCUGGAGAGGUGGGAGG